AUGGAUCUUCUAGUAGUAUUACCUGGCUUCGUGACAAAAACUUUUACGCACAUCAUCCCUCCUCUUGAGCGCGCUCGCGUAACCACUGUUGACGUGAUUACUCUUGACGCGCUUGAGAUCGCAAAGCGCGCUCGCGUACCCCCGGCAGACGUCCGCCGUCUCUCCGCCCGUAUCGUCGAAGAAUUGCACACAGAUGUUGGAUUUGAAAAGCGUCGGACGAGCAUAGUUACAUCCAGCAAUGUGCCCAGCUUUAGUAUAAACCCCGAAACGGUGAGCCGGACUCUCGGUCCCGCGACGAAGCGCGACCCGUCACAAUGGAGCACCAUAAGCACGCUCGACUCCGCGAUGGAUUCGCUCUUAGGGGGGUGGGAUUCCGACCGGAUAUGUCACAGAGGUUACGGUGGAAGCGGCAAGACCCAGUUCCUGCUCACACUCUGUCUAGCCGUCCAGCUACCAAAACCGCGAGGACUACAUAGGCGUGCAAUUUACAUAUCGACGGAGCAUCCGCUAUCUACGCCACGACUCUCCCAGAUCCUAGAAUGUCACCCUGCCUUCUCAACACUCCCACCGGAGGAGGCACCCUCGCUGCAAGAUGUACUGGCUAUCAACGCCAUGGAUAUAGAGACACAAGAUCACAUCCUGAACUUCCAUCUCCCAGUGGCCAUCGAGCGGUAUAACGUCGGUCUGGUGAUCAUUGAUUCGAUAACCUCGAAUUACCGUGGCGAAUACACAACCAAGCAAGAGAUGAUGAGACGAACAACGAAGCUUGCAAAACUAGGCCUUUUGCUCCGCAACCUUGCCGUAAAGGAAGAUAUCGCAAUCGUGGUAGCAAACCAAGUCUCAGACCGCUUCGAGCCCAUAAAUCGCACCCCAACACCACGGGCAGGGUUUCCAUACGCGCGAACCCAAGCAGCAGGUCGAGGAUCUAGCACUGCCUCCCCUCUUCCAAAGUCUCGAGCAGGAAUGUUAGCUUCUAAUGGCAGAACCGUACCAUCCUCGUCCCCUGUCAUCUCCUCAUCCCCAUACCACGCGCCAAAUGAUAAGAACUUCGAUGGCUCGUACCUCAUUACCCGACCACGCAACAAAAAAUUAACCAUGAACCUACAGGAGCGGUUCUUCACUGGGUGGGGAGAUGGCGGUCAUCUAGAGAGCGGAUCUCUAAAGAACCCAGCCUUGGGAUACGCCUGGGCAUCGCAGAUUGCUUGCCGAAUAGCAUUGAAAAAACGACAUUCUCGUGCUAUAGGGGUUCCCCCCGGCCCCGGCGCAUCUCCGGCACCGCUAAAAACGCCGGGAGUAGCAUCCCAGUCUCAGAAAGGGAAUGCUACCGCAAAUCGAGAUCCGGACUCCAUAGCAAUGCCUGCUCCGGAUUUCAAGCAACGAGCCUCGAACUCACAGAACCACCAACCUGCACCGGAGUCGGCAAUUGUUACACGGAGGAUCAUGAAACUUGUGUUCUCGCCUUGGACGGCAGGCCCGAAGGAUAUCCGGAGAAAGGGCCGACCUGCCAGAAGAAGUGGCGAGGUAGAGUUUGAGAUCUGGAAGGGUGGUCUGAGGGGCAAAGUUCGUGGUAAAUGA